CAUGUGAUGCGCAACAUGACCACACAGCCCUUCUUCUCCUGUCUUAAGAUGUCAGGCUGCAGUGUUUUGCAGUGAUUCUGAGCCAAUGUUCAACUGUAUGGGAGCAUUAAGCCGAAUCCUCCACCAUCAUCAUGUUUUCAUCCUUGCAGGGGGAGGGAGGGUUGACUACGAGGCAAAGUGGGGGGAGAGACAGACACACACGAGGCCUAGUCGCCACAUCUUUUCAUGCGAAGAAGCUGUGCCGCUAAACCACCCGUUUUUGGUUUCCCAAAACAACUCCGGCCCGGGCCUCAGUCCGCGGUCUAGAGUUUGAUAGCGGGCUGUUUGAGACGGAAGCACGUCGGUGUGUAGCAGCCAGCCAGCCCCUGUGCCCCAACCACCAUCAUGGGAGACAGUAGAGAUUCCCGCAGCCCAGACAGUUCGUCUGUGUCCUCCCCUCCAUCGGGGCAACGCUCGCCUCCUCUGGUUCCCUCAGCCGCAGCUUCCAUGACCUCCCUGCCUCCCAUCACCACCAGCGGAGUCAACAGCCCCAUCAGUAGCAUCGGCUCCCCCUUUUCCGUCAUCAGCUCUUCACUGGGAUCUCCCUGCCUACCUGGCACGCCAUCGGUGGGCUACGGCCCCAUUAGCAGCCCGCAGAUCAACUCAACGGUGUCCAUGUCAGGGCUCCAUGCAGUGAGCAGCUCCGAUGAUGUGAAACCUCCGUUGGGCUUGAAGCAGCUGUCGUCCCACAGCCCAGGGCCGAUGCUUUCCCAGAAACGCCUUUGUUCCAUCUGUGGAGACAGAUCCUCUGGUAAGCACUACGGUGUCUACAGCUGUGAGGGCUGUAAAGGCUUCUUCAAGCGUACCGUGCGCAAAGACCUGACCUACACCUGUCGGGACAAUAAAGACUGUAUGGUGGAUAAGAGACAGAGGAACCGCUGCCAGUACUGCCGCUACCAGAAGUGCCUGGCUAUGGGCAUGAAGAGAGAAGUGGCCAAGAUGAACGACAGAUCUGUCCAAGAGGAGCGACAGAGGAACAAGGAACGAGAAGGCGAGGUGGAGUCGACUAGUGCGGUGAACGAGGAGAUGCCAGUGGAAAAGAUUUUGGAAGCGGAGAUGGCUGUAGAGCAGAAGACAGAGCUUCAUGCAGAUGGAAGCUCAGGCGGCAGCUCUCCCAAUGACCCUGUCACCAACAUCUGUCAGGCAGCAGACAAGCAGCUCUUCACUCUGGUGGAGUGGGCCAAGAGGAUCCCUCACUUCUCUGAGCUGCCCCUGGACGACCAGGUGAUCCUGUUACGUGCAGGCUGGAAUGAACUCCUGAUUGCAUCGUUCUCCCAUCGCUCCAUCUCAGUGAAGGACGGGAUUUUACUGGCCACUGGCCUGCAUGUCCACAGGAACAGUGCUCACAGUGCAGGUGUUGGAGCCAUCUUUGACAGGGCGCACAAUGCCGAGGUUGGGGCCAUAUUUGACAGGGUUUUGACAGAGCUUGUAAGCAAGAUGAGAGACAUGCAGAUGGACAAGACCGAGCUGGGCUGCCUUCGAGCCAUCAUCCUCUUCAACCCAGAUGCCAAGGGUUUGUCCAACUCCAGUGAAGUGGAGCUCCUGAGAGAGAGGGUCUACGCAUCUCUCGAGACUUACUGUAAACAGAAAUACCCCGAUCAGCAGGGCAGGUUUGCAAAGCUCCUCCUCCGGCUCCCAGCACUGCGCUCCAUUGGUCUAAAAUGCCUGGAGCAUCUGUUCUUCUUUAAACUGAUUGGUGACACACCCAUUGACACCUUCCUGAUGGAGAUGCUAGAGGCGCCUCACCAGCUCACCUAGAGGGGCCAGGUUCGGUCCGGUCAGGACUCGAUUCAAACCAGGAUUACCAACACGUUACCCCUAUGUUGGGUCGUUGGCUCUUCUCUUUGGGCCUCACUUAACUGCAGCACCUGCUGGUUUUAAUGUACCAGCUGUCACACUUGUACACACAUACACAACAACACACACAUAUACCCUGCGGCUAAUUAUCUUCACGCACACACAUGCAGAUCUUAACUUGCAUACAUGACUUGACAUAAAACAUAACUAAUACACAGAUAAUAUGGCUCUGAAUGAACAAUAUGCUAACACACACACACAUUUUUACCAUCUUUUCCCAAAUUCAAUUUUCCACCAUAGGGGGUUACGACUCAAGGAAUAUAUCCCCUUUUUAUCACAUACAUACAGUAAAUGUCUUAAUUUUAAGUUAGCCUUCAGUUUUCACAUUUUCAUCUCACAGUGGGUUUUUGCUUCUGCGUAACUGGUAUACUUCCCUUGUUUUUACUUGGGUUACUUAGUUACACUGCUAGCUGCACCUCUCUGUAUUAUAUCCAUCACUAGCCAGUCAGUUAUUCAUGUAUGGUUUUAGCUUAAAAUCAGGUGCGUAGCAUUUCAAUCAACUGUCCACCAUCAAACAAAUUCACUUCUUAUUGGUCAGGAGGUGUCCUAUAAUGGACAGGCAGACAUACCCUCCCAGUGAGUUCAUCCAAUCUCAUAAACAUUGAAAUAUUUUAUGCUUUUUUAAAUAUUGAUGCUGAAACUUGUUUGAGUUUCUAUUUUGAAGUACUGUACUCAUGAAAUGAGAGCUUUUUCCAAGGCAUUGAAAUCCAGGAAAAGGGGGGUGGGAGCACUUUGUUGAACAGACAAGCUUUGUCCCUCUCACCCUCAUGCGCACAGUGGGCUUUGUAAGACAAGAAGAAUGACUUGAAUUUUUUUUUUCUUCCUAAUUUUGAUUUUAUCCUUUUCAAUACUUUGGCAGUUGGCUGGCAUUUUAAACAGCUUGAGGCUCACAGGAAGUACAGCUUCAUGCAAGACAAAAUCGUAUUUGUUAGUCUUUUAGUUACCCCAAAUCCUCCCUUUGCUGGUGGUCAUUUAUGCACUUUUGUGAGUUGUAACUGUGUAAAUGUUCCUGUUUCCUAGAAAUGACCAUCUAUUCUCAGACACCUAAGAUGACCUUGAAGGUACUAUGUGUAGGGUUUUCUCAUUAUUGCAUCAUCAUCAAAUCAGAUGUGAUGAUUUGUUAUAGAACUUGAUAAAUAAUUGGCCACUUCCUGUACAGAUGAUAACCAGGUUGGGGAAUUAACACUUAACCAACAAUCAAAUGGUUGAAAAAUUGGGCUGGCGGCAGCUAUGUUAGUCUGUCCUAACACCCAGUCCAGCUGAAAGUCUAUUAUUCUUGAUAGGUUGCUCUUUAUUCCAGAAAUCUUCAUUGUAUCAUCUGUCCAUUGGCUAUGGAAGAGAAAAACCAUUUUCUGUGCUCUUUGAACAAUUCUGCGUAUAAUUGGCCAGCCUCUGAGUUGUGUGGCCUACUGUUCAGUAGGUAUCGAGUAAAUAAAUAAAUCUGACGUUUGACCCCUCUACCCAGCAGCUAUUGAAGUGUCCUUGUACAAGAUUCUUAAGCAGUUUGAGAUAUGUAUAUGUAUUCAAGAUGCUGAUAUCUGUUCCCUCUAUAAAAUGAGGUGCGAAAAGCUGAAUUUUUGUGCAAAACAAAAAACAGCAGCAGAGAUUAGAAAUGUAACAACCAGAUGAAAUCAUCUGACAGUGGCAAUAAUGUAACAUUUUAUAUCACCUUUUAUCGGCAGUACUUUUGCAGUCCACUGCUCAUGCAUGGAUCACUGGCUGUGGAUAUAGAUUGGUUAUGCACGACUGUUUGAAUUACAAAGGACCCAUCGUGUGUCGUGUUACUAUAAUGCAAUAAUGAAAUAAGUAAGUGCUAUAUAAUGGAAAUCCUACACCUACUACCUGCUGCUUUGAAAACUUUAUUCAGUGUGUAUUGGCUCAAUGCUUGCUACUUUUGUACAGUAGAUGUAAAUAAUAAUAAAAAACACAGGAGUCAUGCAAAACAAAGGCCUCUUCACACUCAUGUGAAUGUGAAAUAUGUGGCUCCAACAAACAAAUUGAAAAGCUCUAUUUUUUUGCUGUUGAAUCAACAUUAGACUUGCCUCCCGUGUAUUGACAUCACCAUGAAAUUGUUAUUGAGCCCAGGGCCAAACCACACCUCACUGCUGCUUUUGCACCAACCUCUGCCAAUGUUUCCUGUUUUUGGUAAUUGAUUGACUGGAUUUCAUUGACAAUGGCACUUGAUAUUUACAGUGAUUGACAUUUGUGGGAAACUGAAUCUGAGCAUUGCAGUGAAAAGUCAAAUGCAGCUACCACAUGAUCAGGAGAUAUACAGUAAACUAUGAAUUAAACCGUCUACACACGCUCGAAUGUGAGCAAUACUGGGGUACACAUAAAUGUUUGUUACCAUUUUUGUUAGUAAAGUAUUUAAAAGAGUGUUGGCAUUCUGAGGUAUAUGUAGCCUUUUUAUUUGUCACCACAUUUAAUAGAAAUUAGAAACUUACAUUUUGCAGUAUCAUUCUACAGGGAAGAGGUACAGCUGUCCUCUACCAGGUGCUAAAUAACUAAUAUGGACUUUUAGUUUAAGACUUGCACAUUUUCAUCAAUGCAAACACGGUAUGCAAGUACACAGACAAAUCAGAAAGCCAUUCUCCAUUCUUUGAACAGGUUUUUUUUUUUUUUGACCUAUAACUUUAUUGCAGACUCCCAAGUAUGAAAAAUGAACACCAGCUAAGUGCUUGUACAUUUUGGCUGUGGCUGAUAAGUCUUUGUACUCUACCAGACACAGCCAGUGUCUUUUGUAUUUUAGAAAGCAGUUAGACUGGUGGAAGCAAUGAAAGUAGCUGUUGAAUUUUGGGGUCCACCAGCUACUUUAACCAGAAUGAACAAUGAGCUUCCUGCCUUGCAGAUAGUCCAAAUACGUCUUCUCAGAGAGGAUCUUUGGCCUCCCCCCAUGUGAUGUGGACUUGGAGGCUGGCAGUUAGGUGACCUGUGAGACAGGUGGUUUUGUUUAACAUGUCAGUAAGUUGGUCUAACCUUAAGAGUUUGGUGGUGUUUCAGUUUUUCUCCAUCCAUGCAUACAUACAGCCAACUCAACAAAGUACUCUCCAGAUGUCCAUUAACUUUCUACAUGCAGAGAAAAGUCAGCCCCUCGUGGACCACUGCUUCGUGAUUUUCGUGUUUGUUGGCAAAGAAUAGCAAUGUGGUGAUGAUUUAGGUGACAAGCACCACCAUCUGCCAGCAUUCUUGUACUGUAUAUGCUGUGGUAUGGUCUCAGUGCUUUAGUGGCUUGAGUUGGUUCAGAUGAUCUAAUGCGAGCAGUCAGAGUUUUGAGACUUGUGUGAAAAGGAUUUUGUGGCCACUGGACUUCAAGGUCUGUGAUCUGGAUUAGAGCUCAGACAAUUCAGACAGUUGGGCUGUGGAAUGAAGUUUGUAAUUUCAACCCAAAAUGAGUUUUUCCCUUGACUUUAGGAUGUGUGCUUUAGUGAAUAUUCUCAUAUUCUGUUAGGUUGACGUUUCAGCAACUUUCUCUGCAAGAUGUUUUUUUGUUUUUGAGCUUCCUCUGUUGAAUGUUUAAGCCUGCUGCUACUGCAUCAUGUUUAUAGCUGGGUAUGGGAAUGAUUACACAAUCAGUCAAGUGCUGGAGCAUCCACUCGUUGACAUUAAAAAUACUAGCCACACACACAGCUGACUGAGCGAAUGCCAAUCUUUGUUGAUGAUUCAUCAAAAAGUCAAAAUAUGCAACUUGUAUAUUCAUAUUGUGGUAACAUUGUUAAACAGUUGUCAUGCAAUAUGUGCAUUGUGUUUCUGGCAUUUGUAAAUUUUAGCUUGGUCUGUUACAUAAGUUAAUAUUAAUUGGCAGUGAAAUUAUUUAGAAUUCCCAUCCUUCCAUAUAACAGCAAUGCAUUUAAGUUUUGCUAUGCCAUUCCUAUUUUUCUUUACGUUUUGCUAUGAGCUUAGGUCAUUUAGAGGAUGAUAAACAGAUACAGUAAACCAAUUUUAAAAAGCUGUACAGUCAGUGCAGGUUCUGUAUGCUAAGCCACUUUAAGCUUUGCUGAUUAGGCAGACUGUUUUAGCAAGAGCUGGUGGUUUGGUAUUUCAGUUUUUUUAGCAUUUGUUAUAGGGUAUGUGUGGCCAUGUGUAUGCUUUUAUGCACAUGUUUAUGGAAUCUGUCUUCAGCUAUGCGUUUUGACUGGCAGAUACUAUAGCUUUGGCUAUGAUGUGCUGAGCGCUGUUGCAUUGAUUGUUGAACAAAAUAAUGAAAGGAUGCACAGAGCAAAAGGAGCUAAGCUGGAGGGGUGAUUAACUGGCAUGUUGACCUGAUGCUUUAUCAACACAACCCAGCUUCCUCCCUCCCUUCUCUUUGCCCUGUCUCCACUGCUUUACUUUAAACUUAACAAAUGCUUAUUCACUCACCCAUGUGAAAAUUACUGGGCUUUGCAUUGGAAUGGACUUGUAAAAUAAACCUAUGAUUCUUGGACUGUUUGAAAAGGAUGUGAAGCUUUUCGUGGGACAAGCAUUGGAGAGCUGUAAGGAAGGGAUUCAGUGCCGUGUGUCCCUCUUUGCUUACUUUACUUGACGGCAGAACAGCGACGAUGGAUCGCACCGCACUGCCCACAAAUGUUUGUCGUUGCAACCGUGUGCACUCAAGGCAGACGCAUGCUGUGACCUUUUGACUGUGUAGCAGUAUUGUUGUCGCCAUCUUUGUUACAUUUUGAAAUUACUUGCUUUUUGAAAAUAACGACAUUGAUUAAAUAUGCUUUUUUUUAUGGAUCGAAGGCUGUGACUUAAGAAUUGAUCAUUGUGUAUAGAUUAGAUAUCAGGGCGGCAUUUUUACCUAUUGACACAGGCCCCCUGGAGCCAAGGCCCAUCCUGUUAUGAUCAAUGAGGCAGUGUGUGCUAUGCAGCCUUGAAACCACCACCCUCACUGGUUUAUUUAUCACUGCCAAGCUGUUUGCGGAUGUGGCCGUUUUAAAUGCAGGGCCACUCAGUACCUAGUGCUUGUUUUUCAUGUAUGUCGUGCUUAUUGUGCAGCGCACUAAAGAGUGUGUGCUACCCUUGGCCUGUGUAGUGCACUAAUAGGAAUGGAAUAACAGCUCGUGUGGAGAGGGGAGGACUGGUCACUGGAGAGAGAAGUAGACCGGUGUGUGGCCCCCUCUGGGUGCUCAAGCUGUGCAUUGGUGCUUUUUUUUUUUAGUCCCCCCUGGCCUGAAAACAUCUGCUUUGGUUUCCAAGACACAGGGAAAUGCAUAUAUGAGUGAAAUGCAAAUAAGGAAUGAUUUAACAGGGCUAGCCCUAGACCUGCUUUUCUUCAGUUGCAUUUUGGUUGGGUGUUUUCUGCGACCGGGUCCACUGCAACCUGUUGUGUGUUUACUGUGUUAGAGUCAUGUAGCUGGAUACUACCAGCAAUAAAAACAAAACCUUCAGAUUCUGUUUUAGAUUAUGAGGGACAAACUGUGGCUCUACUUGUAGACACAUAGUUUAAAGGCCACUGAAAUCCACAGGUCUGGUUUGCUGGAGACACCUCUGAGCAGGAUCUGGUUACUUUGAAUGAACUUGAUGGGAGGGAUCAACUGAAUAUGAUUGCUCUCUUUAAGGUGGAGGUUGUUGUUGGUGUUUAAAAUUGGAGGGAUUGUGAAGGGUAGGUCGGAGUGAGAAGGAGGGAAGAAAAGAAGGGCAGGGACUUAAAAAACUCUGAUCAGGUGUUCAUUUGUCGAUCGAGAAGAAAACCUAUUUUCCAGUAGAUCUAGAAUCUUCCUUAAAUGUUUACUCUUCACCAUAAAAAAUUCACAUACUGUUUCUUUGUCUGGUUUCCUGUCUCCCUCUUCUUUGACUAUGCUAUUCAUCUUUUGUUUGUUACAAAGUAUUAAACAAAUACAAGAACUGUAAAAUCAGAAUGGAAUCUGUCACUCUUAUUUCUAAUUUUUCUGUCUUUCUCUUGUGUCUGUUCCCUGUCCUGUUUGUAUCCUAUUCCAUCGUACAUGUGGAGCUGACUGACUAUUGUGUGCUUCGGGGAUUGAAAGAAGAAAAAAAAAUAUGAAUAAUUUUUUCAGUCAUUAAUUCUGAAUCUUGUUUCUGUUUGUUGUAUCAUGUCUGAGUAAAGGUUUUAAUACUGUA